GCCGAACCGAAGUUCCACCACGCCAGGCAAAACCAUUCAGGUCUGCCAGUUCUUAUCUCACAGGACUCGAGGAACCGCUCACGGCUACCUCAAAAACGAGCCCAUAUCAUUCUCCAAACCACACUUGCCCCCAUAGCUUCUCUUCUAGCUACCGUACUUUGUCUACGCUUUGCUUCAUCCACAUACGCGACGGACAAUGCACCUCGACCAUCCUGUUAACCAGUCGCUCCAACAAAUCAAUGAGAACUCUUGGCUCUUUGGGGACCGGAUCCUCCUUACACGGCAGGCCUCGCCUUCACCUGGCUGCCCAUCCUGGGGGGAUGGGAACGGACUUUACUACGUCGUUUCCGAGCCGCCCAGCCCUCUGCCUCCGUGUCGACCGUUGCCAGCUGAAAGCCACAUCCAAAAACUUUAUGACGCAGGCGGCGUGUCAGCGGUUUGGAGGGUGGGUGAUGCCAUCUGCAAAGUCAAGAAAUACCCCGAUCCGAAUAUGACGUGGGAGCACGUCACGUUGGAUCAUCUCCAGAACAAAUGCCCCCUUGGACAGCUCAGCUUUGCCAUCCCAAAGGUCAUCCAUCAUGCGCAGAACAAGGAUCGUUACUUCAUCAUCCAGAGCCGUAUACCUGGCGAGACGCUUUCCGAGGCCUGGCCUUCGAUGGACGAGAGCACGAAGGAGUACUACGUCUCACGAAUUGCGGGCAUCUGCACGGAGCUCGCAGCUUGGACAGGCAAUGGCAUUCACGGUGUCGACGGGCGGAAUCUGUCAGAUCUCUAUCUCACUCCUCUCCACGGCAUCGAAGACAUGAGUCCCCAAAAUCUCCUCAGGAACUGCGCCAAUUUUGGGAUGGAUUGUUCUAAGUUCGUCUUCUACCAUUGCGAUCUAGGGCCCGGUAACAUAAUAAUAGGCCGUGGAGAGAGAUCUCUUGGUGUGGUUGAUUGGGAAAUGGCUGGAUUUGUUCCUCUGGAAUGGAUAAGGACGAAAGUCCGCGUUUCAAGCGGAUUGGAUCUCCCUGGCGACGACGACGACUCGAGACAGGAUUGGAGGAGGCGGCUGCAGAGACGAUUAGGGCAGAACGGCUAUCCCGAAGUUGCGGAUCGGUGGAUGGCUUGGUUUAUGAAUGAUGGGAACCAAGAAGCGAAGUAGCGGAGGCGUACUUGUUGUAGUGGAAAGGAGAGAACACCCUGGCGUACAUAGAGGGCUUGGAAGGGGUAGGAGGGAGAACAAGGGCGAGGAGCCGUGCUGCCCCGCUACUCAGGUGGUUGACAGCGAGGGAGGCGCAGUGUAGAGCUAGAGACGAAGCAACGGCUAGUGGAAUUAUAUUUCUGCGGCACAGCCACUGGAAUAGAAUCAUUAGUUGCCGAGUGGAACA